GAUAAUAAAACUGGCAUCGCGCACUCGAGCGCCAAGUUAAUUUGCAAACGCUGCUCAUACGCUGCGGAGGCAAGAAGCAAAGCCAAAACACACAGAGCAAAAGCGCCUCUGGCCCCAGUUACUGGCAGUGUGACCAAAGCGCGUGCGUGUUCAGCGUCCACUUUGGCCUUAUUCGCAAACACAGCGACAGCAAUAACAACAGCGUCAGCUACAGCCACACACACAAACACUCAAAAGACUCAGAGACGCAUAGCGCCACGCGCACACAGUCAUACCGAACGCUCGCAGUCUUCGUCUCGUGUUGCUCCUCAACUCAGCAAAAGCGUCUCGAUGUUCCACUCCCAAAUGCUCAAUGUGAAGACGAAAAGUGUGCCCAGUCACGCGCACAGUUUCCCGUUAUAACGAAUACCACACACACCGACUCCCGCAUACACCCAACCAGAAGCACUCACCAAAGCAAGCGACCAAAAUAGAGCAGGAUCCUAACACAUAUACAUACAUACAGAUAUACUAACUGCUAGACGUAAGUAGUCAAUGCCAAAUAGAAUGAUUAUGGAUAAGACGGAGGUAGCCGGCGAAAGUGCUUGGACGAAGCUGCUCAGCGAGGACAACAGCAAGGCACCUGUCCUCAUCAAGUCCAGCAACAUCAAAGAUGGCAAGCAGACAGCCGCACUCCAUGUGGAGCAGCUCAGCAUUAAUGCGCUGCCAGCGAGCGCCAGCGCUGAUCCCGUUGCCGACUCCAGUGCCAACAUCGAGCAGGCUUACAAUCGCAGCGCCACCUAUGGGUCGGGCAUCAACAGCGCUGGCGGCGAGUCGAGCGGCAGCGGAACUCUGCUCUCUCGCAAGGAGUCUUUCCUCGGCUCAUUUCACAAGCAAAUCAGGCGAUCGAUCAAGGCGGUCAGCGAGUCGCCAGGAGCACUAAAUAGGUAUCGGCAGACGCGCUUUAGCUCGCGCCGCAUGCGAAAACGUGUCGUGUUCAAGCAUGGCGAAUGCAACGUGGUGCAAGGAAACGUGGCCAAGAGACGCCGCCGUUAUCUGCAGGACAUCUUCACCACCCUCGUGGACGCUCAGUGGCGCUGGACGCUGCUGGUGUUUGCGGCCAGUUUCGUCAUCUCUUGGGCGUUCUUUGGCGUGAUCUGGUGGAUCAUAGCGUUUGCCCACAACGAUCUGGAGUAUAUAUAUCUGCGCAAUACACAGCCGGAGCUGAUUGCCAAUAUGACGCACACGGUGUGCGUGACGGAGGUGAAGGGCAUGAUGACGGCCUUCCUGUACUCGGUGGAGACGCAAACGACCAUCGGCUAUGGCAAUCGCUAUGUGACCGAGGAGUGCCCGGAGGCCAUAUUUACGAUGUGCAUACAGUGCAUCACGGGCGUUUUCAUUCAGGCCUUUAUGGUGGGCAUUGUCUUUGCCAAACUGUCGCGGCCCAAGAAGCGCGCCCAAACGCUGCUCUUCUCCAGGAAUGCGGUCAUCUGUCAUAGGGAUGGAACACCGUGCCUGAUGUUCCGUGUCGGUGAUAUGCGCAAGUCGCACAUCAUCGAGGCUCAUGUCCGUGCCCAGGUCAUACGCAAGAAAGUGACCAAGGAGGGUGAAGUGCUGCCCUUUUAUCAGCAGGAGCUGCAUGUGGGCGCCGAUGGGGGAGAGGAUCGGCUGAUGUUCAUCUGGCCAACGACCAUUGUGCACAAGAUCGAUCGCAAUAGUCCGCUCUACAUGCUCUCCGCCUCGGAUAUGCUCAAGGAGCGGUUCGAGGUGGUCGUCAUGCUGGAGGGCGUCAUCGAGUCCACGGGCAUGACGACGCAGGCUCGCAGCAGCUAUUUACCCUCGGAGAUACUGUGGGGCCAUCGGUUCGUCAAUGUGGUGUCCUUUCGCAAGGAGACGGGCGAGUACGAAGUGGACUACACGCUCUUCAACAACACCUACGACGUGGACACGCCCCUGUGCAGUGCCAAGCAGCUGGACGAGCUCAAGUCGGAGUGCACGCGCAGUGCCAAGAGCGGCAUAGUGCCCUUUGGGGAUCGUACGCUCUCCACGGCCAGCAUGUUCCAGCGCAUUGCAUCGGCCGCGUCUGUGGAUCACCUCGAUCCGGCCAGCGAUGAGUCGUUGGACUCGGGCCGUUUGCAAAUACGCUCGCAUUCCAUACCGAACGGCGUCCUGCCCAGCGAACUGGAGCCACUUAACAACAACAACAACAACAAUCACCAUGGCCAUGGCAAGCACGGCGCAUCGUUCACCAUGGGCGGCCACAAUAUAUCCAUAACGACAACGGCGCCCAGCAUACCCAACCUAACAAGUAUUAAUGAGAGAACCAACUCCGGUAAUUCCAUAAACAGCAGCAACUACAGCAACAACAACAGUCUCAGUGCGUUGAAUACGAUAGCAGCUGCAACCGCUGCACCACCGGCCGGAGCUGCUGCUACCGGCAGCAACAGCAGCAGAGUCAAGCAAGCGAAUCCCCGACGACUGAGCAUCAAACAGGAUCAGCUGCCCAUCGAUUCCAUGUGCUGAUAUUCAACCCGAGCGCGCGGAGCGGACCCAAACUGAUGUUGUAUUUUAAGUGUAGGCUCCUAGAAAUCUAGUUAGAGUACAUAACAUAUAUACAUAUAUACAUAUAGAUUGAUAGAUAGAUGUAAGCAGAGCGCUCACUCAGAUGUAGCUCUGUUAGCUGUGAACUCCUAAAGAUCCCUAACAAGCGCAUACACACUCCCCCUCCCCUUCUAUACCAGCAGCAAGUCCUGACCGACCAUCUGGCUUGUAUUCAAAAAGCAAACACUAAAACUUGAUGAUAAUUGAUGAUUUUAGUAUAUUUUUUUCCGUUAGUGUUAGUUUUAAAUGAAUUUACUAUAGAUAAGCUCAAAUUGAUAUUAUAACAACAACAAAAACAAAUACCGAAAACGAUAUAAUGAAACCAAAAUACUGCAACUUCCAUGUAGAGUCGUAUAAAGUCUUCAACUAUAUAAAGCUCAUGAAUGUGAAUGAAUGAAGAAAACAAAAUGAAAUGUAAUAUGAUUUUUAAAGCUACCUUUUGCGAUGAUUGUUCAAUAUCUCAAUUACUCAAUACAUAAAUAUUCCAAAUUAUAGCUGUUAUAAAUAAUGUGUGGACAAUAAAUGGAAUGAGCAUAUGUGAAUGUUAA